AUGCAACAACGCAAAUAUUUUAUGAAGACCUUCCUAGUGCUGGCAUUAUUUUCCAUCAGCUACACCGUCACCAGCCUCUACAUUCUGUACUCUCAAAACAAGUCCGUUCUACCCGCCUUGUUUUACCCUAAAGACUACAUACCUGAGUACAUAUCUUGUUCCCAUCCAAAUACUGGCAACUAUCUUAACCUGAUAGACGCGAAUCCAAAGCCGACUAAAUCGAUUUUCUUUCACAAAACAACUUGUGUAAACUAUUUGAGGUAUCGUGAAGCGUGCUCGAUCGAAUCCGCAGCUAAAGCUCACCCGGACAAACAAGUUUAUGUAAUAUUCGUGAGUUCAUUGAAAGAAAGUGACUGCAAAAGUGGCGUUAUAGCCGAACUCGCCACGAUACCGAACGUACACUUCUACAGAAUGAACUUGAAAACGUACGCUCUUCACACACCGCUUGAAAAUGUAUCUUUGCUCAGUCUAAUUUGGCUUGGCAAAUGGGAUAAUAUAAAAACUAGGGAGCUAAUUAAGGCCCUGACGUUGUACAAGUUCAGUGGGACUGUUAUGGAUCUGGAUGUGAUGGUGGUGGGUAACUUAGACAAGUUGGGAGACGCAUGGGCAUCGUCAGACGGGGAUAGCUUUGGUUCGGCGAUCAUUUCUGUGGCUCGCGGUCUGUCGGGAAUGUAUUAUUCGAGGCAUUAUUUCAGGACCCUAAAGCAACACAUUGCGAAGGACCUCGGAAUGAGUAUGGAGUCACCGCUGAAGGAAUCUCUACAGUUGCUGUGUAACACUACUGACAUUACUGAGAUGACGCGGGAACAGUGCAAUGGUUUCCAAGUCUACCGUUCUGAAUUCUUCAGCCUCAAAACCCACAGCACCAACUUUACCAACGCCACAGACUACCUAGGCUACCUAUGGAACGAGCCCUAUAGCAACCACACUGCCACCAUGUCUAAACACUCGCUUUACGCUAAACUGGCGAAGGAAUAUUGUCCUAGGAUUUACAGUAAAUUCAUGGAUGCUGACGGGGAGGACAUUCAUUUGGAAAAGCUUUCGGAAAGUUCGACAUUGCUGGAAAAAUAG